GUUGUCUACUGCGGAUAGCUUCGAAACUCCUUACGAAGACGAUAAUGAUUUCAUAACAUGCACCGUGUGUGAAAAGUCCAUCAAAGGGAACUCGCUGUACAAGAUACACUUGACAACUACCAGUCAUUUGAAGAGAGAGGAUGAGCUUGUUGCACAAGGUAAGUAGUAUGACCUACACCUGGGCCCCGUUUUUAACUGUCGAUUUAAUUUCAAAGUUGCAUCACUCUGAGUACUUCCUCUGAAUGGAAGGCAUUUGGAAAUCGACUAAACCUUUAGGGAGGCCCCUCCGGUCAGAUCUGAAUGUUAUAUUUCAGACUUAAAGGUAGGUAUUGGCUGUAUGCUCUUAAAGCGUCAUGUGACAUCCACUUGCGCCGCUGUCCCUCUGUCAGUCAGACCGUGACCAGUACCAUAUUGACCACGGUCGUGUAGAUUGUCCCUUCUGCCCUUACAUAGAGACCAACUGAGGGUUAUUGUGUGCUGUAUAUGCUGGCCAUGAAUAUCGUGGUCAACUAGCCACACAAGUGGUCAUUUGGGCCAGCACUGGAAUCGUCUUGUUACUCUCUGAUUUUGGAGUAACUCAUUGACGUGUUCCUUAAGAUGUUGGCCUAAUCUUUGAACAAUGGACUAGGGCUGCAACAGACUGUCUUCAUGACAAGUCCACCAGUUGACAUACGACGUGUAUUGAUUGACAAACAUGCCGACACGUCUGAUUGUAGUGCUGUGAAUAGUUAUUUAAAAAAGGCAAACUUGGAUGUAGAUUGUUAUAUACACUAGUGUUUUCGAACUGUACUUCUGUACUUAUUGUCUCAUAAUAUGGUUUGGCAAAUAUUUGCCAAAUAUAUAUAUUUGGCAAAUGGUGCCUCUCACUUUAGUCUCUGAUGUUCAUUGUUAAAUGUUCCCAUACUCCUUUUGACUUAUGGGUCACAAUUCUCGUGGAUCCCCGUUUCCCCUCUUACUGCGCAUUGUGCUCGCUUGUGGUGAAGAGAGCGAUGACAUCAUGAUGCGUUGACGCAUGACAGUUUCUCAAUUAAUAGUUGUAGUAAACUUGUCAACUCUCCCUACAAUGGACCAAACAUUUUUGGUGGCUGGGGUCCUUGAAGCAAGACCACCUGGGCGAUUUGGAUUUCUGGAAUGUGACUGGUUCUGUCUGAUAUUCAGCCAUUGUCCUGAAGAAAAUCAUUUGCAGUUUGGUGACUGCUGACGCCAGGCAGUAGUUGAUGUUGGCUUAUUUAGUCAACAUAUAUUCCACUCCUAUCUCCGGGAGUUGUUUCUCCAGAUCUGCAUCCUUCAUUAUCAGCAGUAGUGGAUUACUCACCUCAAACAUCGAGGGACCCUUUGUGUCCUGCUAAUGUCUUGUGCAGUUGCUGAGUAAUAACAGAGUGGUGUUAUCAUUGAUGGUGGAAGAGGAUGCUUGUUUGCCUAUUUCACAAGCAGACUCUACCAUUCGGCUUGCGGGGGUAAAAAAAAGGGCAGGAUGAAAUUUGAUUUUGAUUAUGGUUCCCCCACGAUUAUGAUAAGAGAAUCGACGAAAAAGGAUUAUUCAGUUAUACAUCUCGCUUGUUGCUUGUGUUCUGUCCCUGGAGGAACACUGCGGGAAGUCCUGGGCCCCAUUCUUGAGACCAAAUCCGGAUUUCACUUAGUAUACAUGGAUCGCGGAAAAAAACAAAAACUUUUCUGGUGCUGUUGAUCCCACUCAAGUCUAUCAAUGACAUUGAAAAGAUAGACAGGGGUCUAUGCUUCACCAACGGUACCAUAUAUAAUAUUUGUGAGGUAAAAUGGAAAGUUUCUCCUCCUCCAUUCUGAAGGCAUGUUUUUAUUUUAUUUUUUAUUCUUUAUUUUUUUUACUUUUGCUGAGCUCUCAAGAGCAUAGACUCGAAAUUGUCAAGUGCGAGUUCCAUCUUUGUAGCUUGAUGGAUUCCUGACCUGAGCUGUUGGUGUACACAGGGAUGAACACUGUGGGGAUCACAUCUCUGAGGAUAGUUGGUACCUCAACGGGACGUGUAUGGUGUCAACUUGAAGUUGAUACCUCCCUUCCUCAGUGACAUGGCUCAGUCUUGCCUGCCAAGUCAACUAAGUCUGUCAUGGCUGUGGUUCUACAGUAUAAAAUGACAAUCCUUGUCAUUCUUUUGUGCAACUCAUUUAAUAAAUGAAGGAUUCAUGAAAACACUUUCUGCCUGGAGUGAUUUCCAGAUCACUGCAAGUGAUAUUGCAUUAAUAUAAACAUCAACUUAAGCUUCUUUUGUAAUAUUUCCAAAACAGAUUUCUAAAUUUGUCAUCUCAUGCUGACUCCCUGUUGUGUUCAGGGCUCUUGACCAGGGACCAGAGGGUCCCCAUCUUCGAUGAUAUUUUACAAUAUCUGAACUAUCUUCAGCUGGGUGAACCCAUCAUCGGUUUAAGUGUCGUGCAGCAAACAUCUGUUGGAAAUGCUGAAAGUGCUACAUGGCCCAUAUACACGUGUCUUAUGUGUAAACAAAAUGUAAACCUACCUGCAAUGGUUACCCACUUGAUAGGAAGAAAACACAGACAGAAAAAUCCAACUGGCCUGACAUGUUGAGUGGGGAUUUGGACUCCAGCAGUGGAACAAAGCUCAUCAGAUACAAGGCAGAGAUUGUAGAGCAACAGGAGGGAAGAGGUUGCCCAAUGCCCAUGAGGAAUGUAAAAUAUGUGUGGAAAUCUCAACCCUCAAAAGCUAAAAAACGACAGAACCUCAAAGGAAAUGCUUCAUUUCCAAAAUUUGAUUCUGCACCAACGCAACAUGUCGACUCCUUUCAACAAGGGAGGGACAUUCCCAACCAUUCAUUGGAUCAAGAUGUGCCCCAUGGAUUCAACGGAGAGAGACAUGAGUACCAAAGAGAGGAUAAACUGGGCUACAGUGUCCACCAGAGUGACUGGGUAGAUGAGGGCGAAGCAGACAGAGGGAGAGAGUUCUCAGACCCUGAUUUUCAAAGGCUGUAUGAUAAAGUAGCUCUGGAUUCUCCUUCUCCAGUUGUUCGUAAACCUGUGCUUCCCCGUUACAAUCUCAGAGAUGAGCCUCCUUGUGGACAGGCUUUGUAUGAAGAGCACUCUCCUGGUGCUGAUCCUGAUCGCCACAAAGAUUGGUUUUCUGAUAACCCCUGGCAUGAGCAAGAUUACAGCUCCUCUGACUUAGAAGCACCAACGCACUAUGCCGAAGCAGAAAAGCAGUGGUCGUCUGCUGACAUACGCACAACCAGAGAAGGACAAGAAUGGCGAGUACCAACUAAACCUGUGCCCAAAAGCAGCUUUUCCUCAAAUGUCAUGAGUAGCGAGCCACGUGGUCGUGUCCUGGUGAAGGAUUACUACCAUCAGAUGAGUGACUCUUCUCCCAAUGAGCGGUUUGAAAACCCAGCGCCCGCCAGAGCGCCAACAUUCCAGUCAUCCAUGGAUGUGAAGAGGACACUCUCCAGUAUCCCUGAGCCAUUCAUGCGCUUUCUGGAAGGAUCAGAAGACCACAAGGGUAGCCGAAAGAGAGGUAGCCGCUUCUCUGACGCCACAGCUGAGGAAGUAGCCACUGCCAGAGAAGUAUACAGAGGCGAGUAUUCCUCGAUGUUCGAUGGACCUUUGGCUGCAGAUCGGAGUCCAAACCAGACGGAAUUACGUCCAUUAUCUUCUUCAAUGUUGUCUGGACGGUUAAGGGCAUCAAACCAGGUGGAACAUCGAGAAUUUACCUCAGUGCUUUCUGGGUCCUUCAGAACAGAGACGAGUUCAAACCAGGCAGAAUUUUCACCAGUGUAUUCCUCAAACAUAGAUGGCCCUUUUAAAAGAGAGAGGGUCCCAAACCAGACAGAAUUCCGACCAGAAUAUUCGUCACUAUUAGACGGUCCAUCGAGGAGGGGGAGUAGCCUCGACCAGACAGAAUUCCGACCAGAAUAUUCUUCACUGUUAAACGGCCCAUCGAGGAGGGGGAGUAGCAUCGACCAGGCAGAAUUCCGACCACAGUAUUCUUCAGGAUCAGAAGGUCCUUCUAGGAAAGAGAGUGGCCUCAGAGAUUUUUCAUCAGAUUAUUCUUCGGUGUCAGAAGGCCCUUCAAGGAGAGGCAGUGGCUUCAACCAGACAGAAUCACAACCGGAAUAUUCUUCAAUGUUGGAUGGUCCUUUGUGGAGAGAGAGGGGUCCAGUUGAUGCUGAAUACCGACCACAUUCUUCUUCAGUGUUGGGUGGCCCUCCACCAUCGCAAAGGGGUUCAUUCAUGGCAGAGAGUCGUGCAAGGCAUCUCCCUGUGUAUGAAACAGAUUUGCAGGACCAUCCUCCGGGAAUUCGCCAAAAAGAAAUGUCUGGCCCUGAAGCUGUUCUUGAUAUGCUGGAUGACGUUGAAAUUGAAAAUGCAGAGGACGCCAAGUUCCUAAAGAACAAACUUCUGAACAUUUUAAACGAAUACAAGGCCAAGAAAAUGGAGAGAACCGAUCAAAACAAAAGAGGCAGGAAUGAAGAGUAUUGCAGUCCUGGUUCAAGACCUUCUCAGGAACGUCCAUAUGAGAGUCGCGUCAGAGACGACGGCGACAUGAGACGCUCAAAUGACCUUGAUUACAGAGAUGAUCAGUUAAGAGGCGGCUGGAGAGAUGACUACGGACCCGCCAAAGCGAGGCUGGAUUGUCGUCCCACAGAAAGCAAGCGCCCAAGCAGAAGGGCUUAUGAAGAAGUGUUUGGUCCUGCAGAGAUGUAUCCAGAUGAGCUGCAACACAUGCGGAAAAGGUUAUCGGAGAGCAUGGAGUCUCGCAACUAUCCACUUGCUCCCAAUGAGCACUUCCAUGGCAAUGCCGGCCCUCCUCGUGACUUGGAUCCAAGAGGCCCGAGAAGCAUGCAGUACUCGAGCAAUAUUGAUAAACUCAACUCCACGUUGAUGGCUCUCAUUAGGCGCAAAUGAUGAGAAGCGUUUGAUUCAAAACUGGCAUAACAGCGACAUCAUUUUGUUUUUACAGAUCUCUGUUGUUUAGACAACUGGCUGGUGUGAAGUAAAGCGCUUCACCGACAACCACAACAGCAGAGAAGCUGAAUCUUGUGCAGCGUUUUAUUUGAUGGAUGUGUGGACCUAGAGCAUAUUUUUUUGAUGUGGCAACUCAUGAUUCCUGUUUUCUGUUCCACCUUUUUCUCUUACCACAGGUAGGAGAGAUUCUUAUUAAUAAAAUCAUGAAAUGUCUUCAAGCAUGAUGUCUGUCUUAUUACAUCGACAUGUCCAUCACCUGUCUAUU